AUGGCAGAACCAACACCCACGAUAACCCUCAAACUCCCAUCCAAAUACUCACCCCCGUCAACCGUCCCAUCAGACGACGACACCGCCCCGUCCAUCGACUGGCUCUCGCGAACAUGGACCGUCACGCACUCAACCCUCUCCAUGUGGCGCGACGCGCGCAACGUCCGCAUCACAUACAAGCCCCUCCCGCCCAAGCCCGACGGCCGUCUGCGCAUCGACGACCUCGUCGAGUACGAGCCCACGAGCAAGGCCGGCGCCCUGAAAUCCGUAGCCGGCGUCGACACCCAGAGCCCCCGGGGAGCAGCCGGAGGAGGAGGCUGGGACUGGCGCGGCAAGGGCUGGCUGUUCUUCGUGGGGAGCCACUGGGAGCUGCUGGGCUGGGGGGAGGAGACGAGGGCGAACGGCGGCGAGACGGAGAGGUGGGCGGUGACGUGGUUCGCGCCGACGCUGUUUACCAGGGAGGGCUUGGAUGUGUACUGUGAUCGGAGGGAGGGGCUGAGCGAGGAGACGUAUGGCAAGAUUGCGGAGGCGCUGAAGAGGCUGGACGCCAAGGCGUUGGUGGACAUGGUUGUGCAGGAUAUGAAGCCGGUCGAGAUCAAGCUGCCGUGGACGGAGAAAUGA